GGCGUUGAACGUUCCCAUCAAAACAAACCUAAUUGCAAGAAUAUACCUGGAACGGAACGAUAAAAUCCAAAGUUCGAUCUCACCAGCUCCGCACAAGGGACUUGGAGCACUAUCAACGGCGACUUGGUUGAAGACGCACAAGUACGCCAGUGGCUACACAGGAGUUAUGAGGUUAUUACCCUCCCUGGUGACCACAUUGUUGGCAAUCUCAGGAUACACAGAUCAAGCAUCAGCCUCUUCAAUAAGACGAAACCCCCUACAGUCCACAGCCCGCCUCGAAGAUGUUCAUUUUUCCACAGCAUGGCAGCAGGUGCAGUGGUCGUCGCGCUUCGACGCCACCUUCAGGAUCAAGUCGGGCGAGGUGAUGAAGAAGAUACGACUCGCACUCGAACCCAACAACGAUGUGAUUUCGCACGACACGUACAUCCAGACCGUAGACGCCGAGGGACGACCGCUUCACGGCGGGAAUAUCGCCCGCCACGAAUACCGCAUCUUUCGGGGCACUGCCUUCGUUGCGAGGGACACGCAAGCACCUGACUGGAGGGACGCGGGAUGGGCACGAAUUGUAGUGCACUCGGACGGCCGGACGCCACUGUUUGAGGGCGCAUUCAGCAUUGACGGCGAUUAUCAUCACGUUCAGACGGGCGCUAACUACCUCAGGACGCGCCUUGACCAAGACCCAUCUGUGGAGGACACCAAGGAGCCGUUCAUGGUCGUGUGGAGGGAUUCGGAUCUGAGGCAAGAAACAGACCGCGAUGUUGAGUUGAGGAAGCGUGCGGACGGGAAGAAGGCAGUCGGCUGCGGUGUCGACGUCGACCACCACCUUCGCGUCGAGGCUGCCAAUGAAACCAGUAACGAGUUUGUCGUCCGUGACCUGUCAGAGAUGGGGUCCUCGCCCCUGUCUUUGCUCAGGCGCCAGUCGCAGAACAACGGUAUCGAUACCAUUGGAUCCACCGCCGGUUGCCCGACUACACGUAGGGUUGCCCUGAUGGGCAUUGCGACCGACUGCACCUAUGUUAAGCAGUUUGCCUCGGUCGCCGAGGCGCGCAACAACAUCAUGGCACAGGUCCAAACCGCCUCUGCCCUCUACGAAAGGUCAUUCAACGUUUCACUGGCAGUCCGGAACCUGACCAUCACCGAGUCAUGCGCUACUUCACCUUUUACGACCAGCAAUCGCUGGAACCAGGACUGCAACGCUAACCUCGAUGUUUCCGGCCGGUUGAGCGCCUUUUCCGCCUUCCGUGGCAGCCUGCGCAACGACCGCAACGCAUUCUGGACGCUCAUGAGCUCCUGCACGUCCGGAUCCGCAGUUGGAAUCGCUUGGCUGGGAGCGCUUUGCAUGUCGGGCACCCAGACUGACAGCCAGGGAACCACAGUUGCCGGUGCCAACUAUGUCGCUCGUACCGGAAACGAAUGGCAAGUACUGGCACACGAGAUUGGCCACACAUUCGGCGCCGAGCACGACUGUAUCAGCUCGACGUGUAGCUCGACCAGCGGCACCGGCGCGCAGCAGUGCUGCCCUCUGAGCGCGAGCCAGUGCGACGCCCAGCAGCGGUUCAUCAUGAACCCCUCAGCCCGCAGCGGCAUCUCCGACUUCUCGGCCUGCACCAUUGGCAGCGUCUGCAGUCAGCUUGGAGUCCGGCCCGGCAGCACCAAGUCGCUCGGUCGCUGUCUGGUCGACAACACCAACGUCGCCAGCGUUGCGCCCGUGUGCGGCAAUGGCGUCGUCGAGUCGGGCGAGGAGUGCGACUCGGACAAUUCGUGCUGCGAUCGCAAGACCUGCAAGUUCCGCUCCGGCGCCACCUGUGAUCCUGCCAGCGACACGUGCUGCACGGCUCAGUGCGGCAUCGCCCCGGCGGGCGGAGUGUGCCGGCCGUCGACCAUGUCAUGCGACCCCGAGGAUACAUGUGACGGAAAGAGCCGUUCGUGUCCGGCCGACGUCAACAACGUGCAAGAGAAUGGACAGUGCUCGGACACCAACAGCGUCAGCAACGCCGUGGGCAACUUCUUCUCGCAGAACCGCAACGUCGCCAUCGGCGUCGGCGCGGGUAUCGGCGGCCUCAUCCUCAUCUGCCUUGCCAGCUGCUGCAUCAGCAGCAUGCGCCGCCGGUCGGCCGUGCGCAAGCAGCACAGGCAGAUGGUGGCGGCGCAGGCGGCGGGCGCGCACGGCGGCCCCGGGAGGCCCAACAAUGCGCCCAUACCGCCGCCGCCUAGCUACUACGCCGGUUCGCAACCGCAAAUGUCUGGCCCGUGGCCUCAACCUCCUCCGCGGACCUUGAGCGCUAGAUAUGCAUGA